AUGCUUUGCGGCCUGAAAAAGGAUUCACAGGCGGACCUGGAUGAUGGUCCUUAUUCAAAGGGAAGUAAAGAUUCAGGUGGCGCAGACACAGCCCUGGUCUGCCGAAGGCAAAGUAUUCCAGAGGAGUUCCGAGGAGUCACCAUCGUGGAGCUAAUCAAGAAGGAGGGGAGCACCUUAGGGCUAACUAUCUCUGGUGGUACAGACAAAGAUGGGAAGCCCAGAGUCUCCAACCUGAGGCCUGGUGGACUAGCGGCCAGAAGCGACCAGUUAAAUGUGGGGGAUUACAUCACAUCCGUGAAUGGGAUCCACCUGACAAAGCUGCGCCAUGACGAAAUCAUCAGCCUGCUGAAGAAUGUUGGGGAGCGGGUGGUGCUGGAGGUGGAGUAUGAACUCCCCCCUGCUGCUCCUGAGAACAGCUUAGGAAUUAUCCCAAAGACCAUUGAGGUCUCCCUGUAUAAGGAAGGCAACAGCUUUGGCUUUGUACUCAGAGGGGGAGCCCAUGAAGACUGGCACAAAUCCAGACCACUCGUCCUCACCUAUGUGAGGCCAGGGGGCCCAGCUGACAGAGAGGGGUCGCUGAGAAUUGGGGACAGGCUGCUCAGUGUGGAUGGCAUUCCACUUCACAACCUGACCCACGCAGAUGCUCUCAACAUUCUUCGGCAAUGCAGCCAGGAGGCCCUCUUCCAGAUUGAAUAUGACGUCUCCAUUAUGGAUACCGUAGCCAAUGCCUCAGGUCCUUUAUUAGUGGAAAUAGCCAAGACGCCGGGUUCUACUCUGGGAAUCUCGCUCACCUCUGGCACCCACAGGAACAAACAGGUCAUUGUGAUUGACAAGAUCAAGCCGGCCAGCGUGGUAGACAGGUGUGGGGCCCUGCACAUUGGCGAUCAUAUCCUGUCAAUCGACGGCACCAGCACGGAGCACUGCUCCGUGCUAGAGGCAAUGCAGCUGUUAGCCAGCACCACCGAGAAUGUCAAGCUGGAGAUCCUCCCGGCUCACCAGAGCAGGCUUCCCCUGAAGCCUCCUGACACAGUGAAGGUGCAGAAGAGUGACCAUCACCAUUGUUGGGACCCCUGUGUCAACUACUGUCCCAGCCACCACCCCAGCCAUUGCAAGACACCCACCUGGAAUCAGCCCUCCAGCCAGGAUUACUGCAAACCCCUGUCUUCAGCCCCUUUCUCUUCACCGAUGCUGAAUGCUCAUGGCUUCUCUUGCCCAAACUCGAGCACACUACCUCGGAGCACCCAACCCAUGAGCCCCCGGGCAACCAUGAUGAGGAGAAGACAGAGAAAAAAGGAGUACAAGAGUUCAUUGUCCCUUGCCUCCAGUACCGUGGGGCCUGGUGGCCAAAUCGUGCACACAGAAACAACAGAAGUAAUCCUUAGAGGUGACCCCCUGAAUGGCUUUGGACUCCAACUCCAAGGUGGAAUCUUUGCCACAGAAACCCUGUCCUCCCCACCUCUCAUCCGCUUCAUUGAGCCCGACAGCCCUGCUGAGAGAUGUGGCCUGCUGCAGGUUGGAGACAGAGUACUGUCCAUCAACAGCAUUGCCACGGAAGAUGGCACCAUGGAGGAAGCCAACCAGCUCCUGCGCGAUGCAGCACUCUCAAACAAAGUCACCCUAGAAAUUGAGUUUGAUGUAGCAGAAUCAGUAAUCCCAAGUAGUGGCACCUUUCAUGUGAAAUUACCCAAGAAGAGAGGAGUGGAGCUGGGGAUAACCAUAAGUUCUGCAAGCAGGAAGCCUGGAGAGCCUUUGAUUAUCUCUGACAUCAAGAAGGGGAGCGUGGCACACAGGACGGGGACACUGGAGCCGGGGGACAAGCUGCUUGCCAUUGACAACAUUCGACUGGACAACUGUUCCAUGGAGGAUGCUGUGCAGAUUCUGAGGCAGUGUGAGGACCUGGUGAAACUGAAGAUUAGGAAGGAUGAAGAUAACUCAGAUGAACAGGAAACAACUGGUGCCAUCAUUUACACAGUGGAGUUGAAGAGGUACGGGGGCCCACUAGGUAUAACUAUCUCAGGGACCGAGGAGCCUUUCGAUCCAAUUGUCAUCUCAGGAUUGACCAAACGAGGACUGGCAGAGAGGACUGGAGCCAUUCAUGUUGGUGACCGGAUCUUAGCCAUCAAUAACGUGAGCCUUAAGGGCAAGCCCCUCAGUGAAGCCAUCCACCUCCUCCAAAUGGCAGGGGAAACAGUAACCCUAAAGAUCAAAAAGCAAAUGGAACGAGGCUCCUACCCUAAGAAAUCAGGGGGUCUGAAUGAAGCCAGUGACCCGGAGGAAGAUCUCAGUGAGGCACAGAAGCCUGGUAAGCUGGCCGAGAUCUAUGCCACCACCGUGCCCAGCAUAGACAGCGCCAUGGAGUCAUGGGAUGGCUCUGGAGCAGACGGCGGCUAUGGGAGCCAAGGCACGUAUGUACCUCCAGCAGCAGGGAUCAGCCUGCACCCCCAGGAGUGGCGGCCCAGUAGGGUGAAGAGCAGCCCCCCUCCUGGGGAGCCCAGAAAGACCAGCUAUUCCUACCCGGACGGGAGCUUCCCUGAAGAUGAAUGGGACAAGCCUACUAGAUUCCCCGGCCGCCACAACGGCCCGGAGCCCGCUCACGAGGAUAAUUUUUGGCGUGUUUUUGGAGAAGCUCUGGAGGACUUGGAAACAUGCGGCCAGUCUGAGCUUCUGAGGGAGAUUGAGGCUUCCAUCAUGACAGGGAAUGUGCACAGCUUGGGCCUAGACAGCAGCCCUGUGACCUUGGACCCAUCGUCAGGGUCAACUGGACGAAGUACCUGGUGGAAAGGAACCUUCCAGCAGGGCACUCGGGAUCCAACUGAGGGCCACGUGGUCCCCACCAAGGCAGCCGAGGAAGGCUUGAAAAUGCAGGCAGUCAAGGAGGAGAUGCUGGAAAUCAUGUCACCAACUCCUCUCGAAUUAUACAAGUUGACUCUUUGGAAGGACCCAGUGAGUGAAGAUUUUGGCUUCAGCGUCUCUGAUGGCUUGUUGGAGAAGGGUGUCUAUGUCAACAUGAUCCGCCCUGGGGGGCCUGCUGAUCACUGUGGCCUCAAACCAUUUGACCGAGUCCUUCAGGUAAAUCACAUCCGAACUCGAGAUUUUGACUGCUGUCUGACUGUGCCCCUCAUUUCUGAGGCUGGAGACAAGCUGGACCUAGUCAUAAGCCGGAACCCUCUGGCAAUUUCCAACAACACUCAGCAGGAGGAGAGCAGAGCCAUCCCUGGCUCCCCCUCGGUGGGCCUGGAGAUGAGGAACAACACGCGGAUGCUCUGAAGCCUGACCUGGACCUGGAAGUCUCCCCUCUGGCAGAGGCAAUGGGAACCUCCACCAUGACCGUGCCUCUGCACCCCAGUGUUGGAAUGGGGGCUAGAGAAGGUGGGGGCAAGGUUCUGAAAGAGGUUAGACCACCCAGAAUGGCUCCUUCUGGCCCCUCAGCCUCCCUUUGGCUCCCUGGGCUGCUGAGAAGUAGCUGAGGUCAGGACCCAAGUUCUCCAUCCCUCUCUCCUGCCUGCGCCCAGGCUACCCUCCAGCUGGAAUUGAGUUGAGGCUGUCCUUUUCCCCCUCUGCUCCCAUCUCAGAGGACCUGCACACCCUCCAAAUGUGCAUUUGCACUCAUACACACACACAUACACACACGGUGCUAUAUUCCUUGGACAGCAUUUGUGUGAAGACCUCACCCAUCAUAUCUAGUCAUUUCCAAGAUAGCCAUCAUGUCAUCCUCCUCACAUCAACAGCCACUUGGGCACAUUCAUGAAAAGUGACCCGACCUGAACCCCCAUUCCCAUAUUCUCUAUCCCUGGCAGCGAAGGCUGCUCUCUCUUUGCAGAGGAAUGGUGUUGGGGUCUUUGGGACACACAGCCAUAAAUCAUCAAAGCUGAAGGGGACCUUCAUACAUAGAAUGUGAAAGAUGGGAAGCCUCUUAGGUGGUAAAAUGUCAGAGUUGGUAGUGGCCUUGGAAUAUAGCAUUGGAAGGGACCUAAGAGCUCAUCUAAUACAAUUCUGUUUAUUUUCUAGGGGAGAAAAGGAGUUACACAGGAGGGAAAUUAUUUGCCCAAGAAUACACAAAGAGUAUUAGAGUUUAGAUGCCAGUUCUUAAGUUCAGAUUCUUUUCACUCUCGAGGAGGUCUGCUAUCCAGUGUUGCCAAAGUUCUGGCCAGAGUUCUGGGUACCAAUUUGUGCACUUUUGUUCCUUUUUUUAAAAGUAGAAUUGAGUAAGAUGCAAGAGAAGAAAGUAAAGAAAGCCUUCAGAUCGGGCUCAUCUCCCUCUGGGAUUGUACCUGUGUUUAUGGAAUUUAUACUCCAAAUGCUUUAGAGGAUCUGGUCUGAAAUGUUAUGGGAUAUCUCUUCAUUCUAGGAUAAGGUGAAAAAAACCACGUGAUAGCCAAUGGUUUUAGAAGCUCUUGUCUCUCUUAAUGAAAGGAUUCAAGGCAGCAUCUAGGCCCAACACAAGAUGCAUAGACAGACCCUUGAUAAAUGAAUCUGGCCUUAAACACACCAUAGUGAAGGAAGGGGAUCAGCAGAAAUCCCUGGUCCCCAUUCAUCAAUCACAGAUGAAGGCCAUUCCACAAAAGGAUCAUUUGAUGGGCCUUGGAAUGUGUUGCCUAGAAGAAAAUAAUUGGGAUUGAGGGUGGAGUGGAAAUAACGAUCAUAUUUAAGUAUUUGAAGGGCUAGCAAAUGAACGAGACAAUAGACUUCUGCUUGGCCAGAGUUCAUUUCAAUGAAAGGUUCUAAAACCUUCUAAAAAUAAUUAGAGGUGUCCAAAGCAGGCUUCCUCAGGUCUGGGGCCCCCUUAGUGAAGGCUGAAUAAGAUAGGCAGAUUGGAGAGAGAUUUUCCAUAGAGAAAAGAAUUGGGCUAGAUGACCUUUAAGGAUGUUUCCAACUCUGAGAUUCUGUGUUUUGGAAUAAAAGGAAAAGAGUAAAGGGAAGGAAUAGAAUUCUUGGAGCUUUUAAGAUGUGAGCCCCCAACCUCAUUUUCUUAUUGCCUUUCAAAUUUAAUGAGAUGAUGUCAAGGCUUUGAAAUAAUUGUUUUCCUAAUUCAGUUGCCCACUUUUAUUACUUGCUUAAGAUUUUAGGGAAGCUGACAUCUCUUUUGAGGGCAAACCGAGAACCCCACUAAUUUUAAAAAAAAACAUGGUAUUGGUGCUCCCAGAUUUCAGAGUAGAGAAGUUGACAAAUUGACAGAGGAAACUCUCCAACAUGGUGGAAGGUGUAGAAAUCACAUUGCAAGACCAAUUAAAGGAACUUGAGGACAAGAGAAGACUUGGGGAAUAAGGGAGAGAAUUAAGGAAAGUUUACAUAAUAGCUGUGCUUAAAAUAACUGAAGUGCCAUUUUAUGUAAAAGAGAUUUAAUUUAGACUAUUUAGCUCCAGUAGAUAUGCCUAGGACCAUCAGUUCAAGGCAAGAAAAAACACCCUAAUAAUCAGAUCUGUUCAAAAAAGGAAGAACUUUGAUUCAACUCAACAAGCAUUUUAUUUGUAUCUUAAGGAAAUAAACUCUCUAUUAGGAGUAUUCAAACAGAGGCUGGAUGACUAUCUAUCAAAGAUGUAGUAGAAAUAGGGAGAAAAUCUCCUAGUGAGGAUUUUAAACUAGUUUAAACAAGUUAAAAGUAGGUAACUUCUGUGGCCUCUUCCAUUGGGCUUUUAAAAAAAAUCUAAGGCUUAUUUUAUGUUUCUCUAGUUGGAACUCAAUGAAAAGUAUAAUGUCGGGGAUCUAAGUCCCCUUGGACAGGAGACCUUUAUUGUUGGAUAGUCACCCAUGGUGGCUUUGGGCCAUCAAAGUUUCCAUUGCUAUCUUUGGGAACUUAUGGAAUAGGUGAGACCUCAGUGACAUUCGUGGGAUUAAAAUAAGAGUCUUCAGUAUUGGAACUUGGGCCCACAUUCAUUCUCUAUCACCUACUAAUUACCAGUCUCUAGGAAAAUAAAGACAAAAAAAUGAAACAGUCCCUGUCCUUUAGGAGCUUAUAAUCUACUUACUUCCCUAAAAGGUGGCACUGCCUCUGAGCUCAUUCUGCUGUGAUUAAUCAUGAUUAAUUCAAAAAGGACUUCUUCCUCUGAUCAGUUUGAGAUGAGGUUGGAGAAGCUUUUUUUAUUUUUUAUUUUAGGGUUACUGGAGGAGUAGGAGUUGGGCAGGGAGUCGGUCAAGUGCCAUAUAAUAAAGAGAAAAAUUAUUUUUGAGAGAGAUAAAUGUUCUAUGUUCCACAUUGUAAAUUAAGGGUUUUUUCUUCACCUAGGCCAUAAACUCUAAUUAAUAAACAUUUUAAAAUUUACCUCAGUCUUACAUUAUGACCAAUAAAGGAAGGAAGAAAGGGAGGGGGAACAGAGAAAGAAAGAAGAUGGGAUGUGAGAAGACAAAAGGCAAAUAGGUGAAGAGAGCUUGAUGUUUACAAUGGACCUGAGAUCCUCAGACCAAACUCAUCUACUUAUAUUAGUAGGGUGUUUUUUUGAGGGGAGCAAAUAUCUACCCUAUCCCUCUAGAUUGGAGACUUCCCAUCUUUGCUAUAAAUAAACAAGUCUCCAGAAGAGAGAGACUCCUCCCACCUCUUUUUCCUAUUUCCUUAACUUUAUUAUUCAAAUUCCCCAGGUGGUGUUUGUACCUUCCCUCUGUGCUCCAUCCCUUUCUUCUACCUACCCUCCCUCUUGUCUGCCAUCCCUUACUUCAUCCCUCUUUUUCUCCUUCUCUCUCUCCUUUUUUUCCUUUCCUCCUU